UUUUUGAAUUUAAGUUAUUUCUACAGUUUACGCUCUCAUCAAAAACUUCAAAGUUGAAUAGCGAACUUGUUGCACCUACUUUCAAACGAUAAGAAUUUACCUGUUUUCUGUGAGAAAGUGAACUUGUUAUCUAAUUAGCAUGUUAAAAGGCAUUUAAAGUCCAAACCUCAUUUUGAGUUAUCUGAUCUACCAACACGAUAAUGAGGGCAGUAGAUACUAACGUGUUGUUUUUAAAGAAUUCGUUACGAUGCACCUGCAGUUCGUAAUGCAGUAUCGUCGCUUGAAACAUAGUACCUACUUAUUACUUAGUGUACCAUUGUAAUUAUGACAUGGUUGAACGGUGAAUUAAGAAAAUCCAGUUAGCGCAGCUACGUGGAACUGUUUUAUUGACAAAAAGUGAUAGACAAGUCACCUGAACCCAAAAUGAGUCAUAACUGGUCAGUGGUUUGCCCGUAUGCCGCUAUUGUUUUGUUUUUGUGGAAUACAGAUACGAUGAGUAAACAGUGAAGAAUGCUAACCGUUAAAGAGAGCCUGUUAUAUAUUUGAAACAGUGUGGUGAAGUAUUGUUUAAAAAGUACAGUCCAAGACUAAAACAAAUAAAUAUAAUGAGAAGAUUUUGUCCAGCAUAAGAAAUGGCUCAAAGUUCAGUAGAUUCUGAUAGAUUAUCAUCAGCUGGAAUUUCCACACACAGUUCAGGAACUGCUGGUCCUGUGGGUGGAUCUGUGGUUGGUGUAAGAGCUGGAGAUCAAGGGCAUAAAAGAGAGGAUGAAGAUGAUUAUUUAGGACCAUUACCUCCAAUGUGGGAAAAGGCUUUUACACCUUCAGGAGAGAGGUAUUUUAUAGACUAUAACACUGGUACAUCACACUGGCUAGACCCACGUCUUGCCAGAGUAAGGAAGCAUUCUUUAGGAGAAUGUGGUGAAGAUGAACUUCCAUAUGGAUGGGAACGAGUCACAGAUGAAAGAUAUGGAUCAUAUUAUGUAGACCACAUCAAUAGACGGACUCAGUAUGAGAAUCCUGUGCUUCAAGCUAGGCGGUUAAGAGCUGAGAAGUUAGCAGCGGAAAACAACAACAAUAAUCAAUCAAAUGGUACAACGCCCACUGGAGAGUUACGUGGCGAAAGAUUUUCACUUACACUUACUAAAGGGACACAGGGUCUGGGCUUCACUUUAAUUGGUGCUGAAGGAUCUCCAGAGACUGAAGGAUAUCUCCAAAUAAGGAGUAUUGUACCACACAGCCCAGCAUGGAUAGAUGGUGCGUUAAGGCCCGGUGACGUAAUAGUGGGCGUGGGCAACCGCGGUGUGCGAGGACUGUCGCACGCACAGGUCGCACAGAUUUUCCAGGGGAUAGCGGCCGGAAGUGACGUCGCAUUGCAUUUUGUUAGAGGAUAUCCUCUAUCAUUUGACUCUGAAGAUCCCAACACAAGAGUGCUUAGUACAUUAGCAGUAGAUGCUAGCAGUGAUGCAGUGGCCAUGCAGCAACUGACGAGAGCUUUGCGGACGAGGUUUAACUUAGACUCCCCUAACGAUCAAAGUCGCGACGAAACAGAUAACUCAUGUGAAGUCAAUCCAACUCAACGCCGGCUUUUAUCCCGUAGUUUUGACCUGGAUGAAAUUCCUGCAACGGAAGCGAACUCACUACCACCACGAUGCCCAUCUGCUGACCAUUUACUCACUUUGGCUACUGAUCACCAACACCGCAGUGUGGCAAACGAACCCGGGCGAGAGCUUGUAUUGACAUUGAGGCGUGGUGCGGCUGGAUUUGGUUUUACCAUAGCUGAUAGUGUCCAUGGACAGAAAGUCAAAAAGGUGUUAGAUCUCGGCAGAUGCGCGGGAUUGCGGGAAGGUGACUUACUUCUACAGAUUGGAGACACAGACGUUCGUCAUGUUCCUCAUCAACGUGUUGUGCAGGUGCUAAAAGAAUGUCCAGCGAUGUCAGAAACCACACUACGAGUUUGGAGAAAGAAUACAAUAACACGCGCACCAAGAAGUCGAUCUGCUACAAGAGUUCAACCAGUUAAUACAAACGCCGUGAAUUCUCAGCUCGGACGAAGUAAAACCCCAACAGCUGAACAGCUUCGAUCACCUGCCGUUGCAGCUGACACACGCCGUCAAAAUGAUAUGAAUUCAGUUGAAGCUACCUACGCGGUCCCUGAACACAAAUCACGCGAAACGCGAGAAAGCAUUAUGGAAAGACGCCGCAGAAGUUCCACGCCUGGGGCCAGACUUACCCUGCCGGUAGUCACGCCUUGGAGUGAACAAACAGACAACUGGACCGAACGAGAGACCUGGAUAGAUAAUUCCAAUAAUAUACGAAAUUGGGCAGAAAACGCCCAAAAGUGGGACGGUGCAAGCCAAAAGUGGGACGGAUCGAGCCAAAAGUGGGACGGAUCGAGCCAAAAGUGGGACGGGUCAAGCCAAAAAUGGGAUGGAUCCAGCCAAAAGUGGGACGGGGAAGGUACUAGUAAUGGGAAUUGGGAGGGUAACGGUGAGAGGUGGAAUAACAACUGGGGUGAGGUACCUACCCCAACGGUUCACGUUGAUAUGAACGCUGCCUAUUGGAGGGGAAAUGCGAGUGUGGCAGAUAGUAGCGAUAAUGGAGGUUUCCCCGAAGAUGGCUUACUUCACUCUCCAACAACAGCAGCUAUUGGUGGUAUGUCUCGGCAGUCACCUUCUACUAGUCGGCUUAGACCACACUCACCUGCCAACUCUACGGGUCGACUACGCAGUAAUUCACCCUCGAACACUAGCGCAACAGACAGACUUCUCAACACCUCACCUUCAACGAGACUUCAAAGUCAAUCUCCUUCAAAUAACUCUUCUAACGGAAGAUUAAAGGGGUCACCACUCAGGCUUCGCGACCCGUCUCCAUCUCGUCACAUCCACUCGCCCGUUUCACACAGAUCAGCGUCCUGCUUCGACGCCGACAUGCAGCAAUCUGGAUAUGUCGCUAAUUAUCCGCAGGUUGAAGCUGGAGGCUCAACUGACCCCGAAGCAGAUGUCCUUGUACGUCUGGCUCGCGGCAGUGCAGGGUUUGGAUUCCGUAUUGUUGGUGGAACCGAAGACGGCAGCCGCGUAGCGGUGGGUUAUGUUGUACCGGGUGGUCCAGCCGACGGACUUCUACGCCCGGGAGAUUUGUUGACAUCAGUAGAUGGAAUUCCUCUAAGUGGCGCUACACAUGCGCGAGCGGUGGCCUAUGUAUGCCAGGCUGCGUCUAGAGGACAUGUGACAUUGGGUGUGAGACACAACAGAGCAGAUAUUCAGCCUUUGGGAAUACCAGCCGUAGUGCCUGCUCAUCAACACCAGCCGUUGCUUCCCGCUGAACCUCCGGUGGCUCACGUACCAGCUUCUUAUAAUAUUCUUCACCCAGCACCCAUGUACCCACCGGCUGCACCUAUGUACGGCGUCCAAUAUGAGGCAAGCGGUGGGUGGACAGUGCCGUAUGACGUCACAGUGACAAGAAAUGAAGGAGAGGGCUUUGGAUUCGUCGUUAUCUCAUCUACCAAUAAAGCUACAAGUACAAUAGGCCAACUAAUCGCUAAUUCUCCAGCGGCUCGCUGCGGUCUCCUUCACGUUGGAGACACAAUAGUGGCUAUCAACCACUUACCGGUCCGUAACCUGCCUCACCCCGAAGUAGUGGCCCUCAUUAAGAGAUCAGGCACCACUGUCACCCUCACGGUUUUACCACCGGACUGAACUGAUAAGCCUUAAUACAAUUUUUCAUUACCUUUGAAAUUUGUCUACUAGAGUAAUAGAGUCGUAGAAAGUAUUUUCUAGACAUCUCCGUACUUAUGCUAAAUAGUUGAAGGAAGACAAGCAAUUUAAAUUAAGAAUGCGUUUAUCCCUCUCUUUGUAUAUUCCCAAUUGUUACUAACAUUUCACAGACCUGCAUAUUAUUUAGGUUAGAGCAAGUCAUAAAUUAUUUUCCUAUUUUUAAGGACUUCUCUCGAGUUCUACGUACACUUGAUUGUACAGGACCCAAUAUGCAAAAUGUAUAUGUCUCUGUUAAAAAUUAACAGUAAUUCUCAUUACAAACAUCAGGGAGUCAACUUAUCUUAUAUAAAACCCGCAAGUUACUUUAGUUCUUAAUAUUCUAUACCUAAUAAUAUACUUUUAACUGCACAGAUAAACUUUCCACUCAUUCUCUUUCAUAAAGUUUCUAAAUGAACUUGUAUUGUGCCAAUGUUUAGGUCUAACAGACCCGUUUUCUUUGAAUUAAUGGAUUUGAAAAUUCGAAGACUCUAGAUAAUAUGAAUUGGAUUUUUUUGUAAAAACCAGUAACAGUGUGCUGUACUCAAAUGAAAUGUAAUCUAUUUUAGUAUAGGGUUAGUAAUAAAGCUUUAAUAUUGUUAAGAUUAUGGCAGCAGGCAAUAUAGAUGUUAUUUCUAAAGUUCUUACAUUUGUUUAUUUAUAUACUUAAAACCUUAUCUUACAAAUGAAUUUUACGAAGACUGCAAGAAUGCACUUUUGGCAUUUCAAACUAUUAUUCAAUUCUAAAAAACUAUCUAUUUAAGCAUAUCGCGUGAAUUAUAAGCGAAUCGAGACCAUAUAAAAUAGAAAUAAGUUUGGACAUAUGUAGGCGCUGACAUUUUUUAAUAUAGGACUACAAUCAAUAAUUAAAAAUGGUGUUAUAAAAUACAAGAUAUCACAAUUGUUUUUUGAUUGAAGGCCCGUAUUUUCGAACAAAAGAAAAAAUCACAUAAAUUCGUUUGAUGUUAGAACUUAUUUUGAAUUAUGUUUUCCACUUAUUUAGUUGUUAAUAACUAGAUAAACUAUGAAUAAUUAUCUAUUGGUGAUUAGAUUCUCUAUAUAGUUAGGGACGGUUAAAGAUGAUAUAUUGCUAAGCUGAAUCAAGAAGUCUGCUUUAAAUCUCCAACUAGCGAUUGUUAGUAAGAAUCUCUUUUCCACUUGUAAAUAUAAGCACAUAUUUGUAUUAUUUAUCGUAUGUUACAUUUAGAUUAAUGCACACAAUUUGUCUAUUAAAUGUACUUUACGCGGAAGUAAGCAUGAAAAGUCUCCCAGGCAAAGUCCUUGCCAUAAAACAUGCAGACACCAAUAUCAAAUGUAAUGGGUUCAAUUAUUGUUACGACAUAUCUUUAGAUAGAGUCAGACAGCUAAUUUCCUUAUAACAUUUACGACUUGUAGACAUUAAGGAGUUGUUUGCUUUUUAAUACUAUACUUGAUUUCUACUGUGGAUAGCCGAUAAAUUCUGGUUUAGUUAAGUUCUGGUUUGGCUCCAGAAUUAUGUGUAAGAAACCUAGCUUUGUGGAUAGCUUUAGAACGUAAUUUGACUGAAAUUUGAAAUAAAAUGGGACCACCGAGUGAAAAAUGGAAUUGUAAGUGUACUUAUAGAUUUAGAUUUUAGGUGCCGCGUAUGCGCAUAUAUUUUGUAGGUGUAUUUUUUGUAAGUGUUAAUGCGAUUCCGUGCCCCCUGUUUGUCGUAGGUAAAUGAUGUUUGGGUAUCUUUAUAGUUAUUUGUUAAAUAUAGAAGUUCUAAGUAAAGGUAUGCUAAAAGAAAAAUAUCGUCAACAGUUAAAAUCGUUUUUAUUAUAAAAGGCUGUAUAUUCUGUUGUACAUUUUUAUAUCCAAAAAGUGUGCCUUUUUUGAUAAUAUUUUAAUACCGAUCGCCAUUCCCCAAACAACAAAAUGUUAAAACAAAAUAAAUUUAUUGUUGAUCGUCUUCGGUCGAUAAUUGCUUUGGUAAUUUAUUAUUUAGAAUGUUCGUGUUUGAUAAAUUAAUUAGCGCAUACCUUUCUAGAACUAGAUAUUAUGGCAGUCAUUUAAGCAAUAUAAUAGUGCCUUUACCGUAACUGUCUUGCCCGUUGAAGUUUGUUCCAAAGAUGAUCUAUCCGUGUUGUCAAUAUUUGAUGGAAUUUGAAUUAUACAGGUUUACUUAAUAAAUAUUUUGUAUAUUUUA